GCAACCCUUGGAGCGGACGAGAGGCGAAAUCGGUACAAAAAAGCACAAUGUUGAAAGCGUUGAUAAGGGAGCGGCUAAUGGCGUUGGCUGAUGAAAUAUUGGCGCUGUUCGAAAGAACGAUGUUGUCCUACGAGGAGCAACUUUCUCGAACGAGAGAGGAGACGCACCGACUUCGACAACAACUGGAAGCUGUUAGCAAGAACGGAAAAGUGCUACACCUUGAAGACCGCCUGCAGCUGAUUGGUCGUCAAGAAGAACUUCAGGUGUGGCGCUCCACUCUGAAGCAGGAGGAUCCCCAGCCCCCCCGCGUUAAAGAGGAAGAGGAGGAACUCUGGACCAUUCGGGAGGCUGCUCUAACCAAGUUGCCCCUGACUGUGGUUUCUGUGAAGAUGGAAGACCACGAAGAGGAACCACAAGCUCCGCCGUCAGGUAGUGAGCCCGCAACGUCAUAUUUUCCUGAGGAUGAAGACGGGGACCACACCCCAGAAUCUGUGAGCAGCCAUGCAGACUGUGAAGGCGACACGAGGACUCAUGCUGACAGCAAACACUGUAAAAAGAAGUGUUGGCCCUGCUCGGUUUGUGCCAAAAGCUUUUCCUUUCAGUGCCAUUUGACUCAACACAUGGUGACGCACACGGGGGAAAAAGUUCACAGCUGCUCAGUUUGUGGCGAUAAAUUUGCUCAGAGGCCCACGUUGAUGAGACACAUGAGGACCCACACGGGAGAAAAAGCGUGUACGUGCUCGGCGUGCGGGAAAAUAUUCACCCAAAAGCGUUACUUGACGGAGCACAUGCGGACACACACGGGAGAGAAACCCUUCACCUGCUCGGUUUGCGGUAAAAGCUAUUCUUAUAAGAGUUUGUUGAGUCAACACAUGCGAACACACACGGGGGAAAAGCCUUACAGUUGCUCAGAUUGUGGUGAAAAGUUUGCUCAGCGGCACACGUUGACAAGACACACGAGAACGCACACGGGGGAAAAACCUUUCAGUUGCUCAGUAUGCGGGAAAAGCUUCUCUGAAAAGUCACACCGGCUGUCACACAUGAGAACGCACACAGGAGAAAAACCUUUUAGUUGCUCUGUUUGUGGGAACAGAUUCACGCAUAAGUCCACAAUGGUGUAUCACAUGGCAACACAUACGGGAGAGAAAGCCUUUGAGUGCUGCGUUUGUGGCAAGAAGUUUUCUCUGAAGAGCGAUUUGAUUCGACACGCGAGAUCGCACACAGGAGAGAAACCUUUUAUGUGCUCACUUUGCGGCAAGAGGACUUCUCUCAAGAGCGAUUUGAUUCGACACAUGAGAUCACACACAGGAGAAAAACCCUUUAGGUGCUCGGUUUGUGGCAAAAGUUAUUCUUAUAAGAGAACUCUGACAUCACACAUGCGGACGCACAACACAACGCGGCGAAGUGUAAUCGAGUUAAAAACAUCGAAAAUGCUGAAGGAGUUGGUGAAGGAGCGACUCAUGGCGGCGGCUGAUGAAAUAUCGGUGAUGUUUGAAAGAUCGAUGGCGUCCUACGAGGUGGAACUCUCCGGAACGAGAGAGGAGAAGGAGCGACAACUGGAAGCUGUUAGCAAGACUCACACUGCGUCACACAUUGACGACGUCCAGCAGCUGAUUGGUGGUCAGGAAGACCGUCGCCCUCAGCUGGAGGGGCGGAGUUCCACUUUGGAGCAGGAGGAUCCUCAGACCCCCCCUGUCAAAGAGGAAGAGGAGGAACACUGGAUCACUCAGCAGGGGGAGUUUCUUCCAGCUGAUCUCACUGAAGAGCAUGAAGACAAACCCCCCGAGUCCUCACAGCUUCAUCACAGUCCGGGUGAGGGGAACAAAGGGGCGGAGCCUACGAGCAGCACCGUUGGAGACCGCUGUGGAGGAUCACAGCUAAAAACACUGAAAAUGCUGAAAGAGUUGGUGAAGGAACGACUCAUGGCGGCAGCUGAUGAAAUAUCGGUGAUGUUUGAAAGAACGAUAGCGUCCUACGAGGAGGAACUUUCCCGAACGAGAGAGGAGAAGGAGCAACUUCGCUUUGCGUUACACAGUGAUGACGUCCAGCAGUUGAUUGGUCAUCAAAAAAAUUCUCCCACUCAGCCGCAGGUUGGGAGCCCCACCUCAAAGCAGGAGGAGCCACAGUCCCCCCACGUCAAAGAGGAAGAGGAGGAAAUCUGGAUCAGUCAGGAGGGAGAGGAGGCUGAUCUCACCACGUUGCCACUGACGGUCGUCUCUGUGAAGAUUGAAGAGCAUGAAGGCAUACCACCCGAGUCCUCACAGCUUCAUCACAGUCCGAGCGAGGAGAACAGAGGGGCGGAGCCUCCGAGCAGCAGCGGCAGCUCACCACAACACAUGACGACAGAAGCUGAUGAAGACCACCGUGGAGGAUCACAAGCAGACAAGCUCUUAGCUCCGCUAUCAGACAGUGAUGACACGACGUCACGCGUCAGCAUGAAUAUGGAGUCGCACAUGCGAGCACACGCAGGAGAAAAGCCGUUUAGUUGCUCCGUUUGCGAUAAAAGAUUCUCUGUCAAAAGAAACAUGCUCUCGCACGUGAGAAGGCAUACAGAAGAAAAACUCUUCAGUUGCUCAGACUGCGGUAAAAAGUUUUUCCAGAAGGUACACAUGCUACUGCACAUGAGAACGCACACGGGAGAAAAACCUUUUAGUUGCUCAGACUGCGGGAAAAGCUUCACCCAAAAGGUCAAUAUGCUCUCACACAUGAGAACGCACACGGAGGAAAAACUCUUCAGUUGCUCAGACUGCGGGAAAAAAUUCUUCCAGAAGGUCCACAUGUUGUCGCACAUGAGGACGCACACGGGGGAGAAGCCGUUCAGCUGCUCGGACUGUGGGAAAAGCUUCACCCAAAAGGUCAAUAUGCUCUCGCACAUGAGAACGCACACGGGAGAAAAACCCUUCAGUUGCUCAGACUGCGGGAAAGCCUUCUCUCAUCAGGCCCACAUGAGAGCGCACAGGACAACGCACACGGGAGAAAAACCUUUCAGAUGCUCCACAUGCGGAGAUGAAUUUUCUCGGAAGUCGUCUUUAAACAGACACAUGCAGAGCCACUGAUUGGAAAGGAAGUUCCCUGGUGGGGUCUCGUCUGAUCAUGUAUUCGACUGUGGACAUUGAAUGCAGCACCUGAUGUGUGUUUGCAUGUCAGUCUAUCUGUCCAUCUAUCUAUCCAUCUACCCGUCUAUCUGGAUGCUUAUUUCUUCAUGUACUUUGUUUGCCUUGGCUGAUUUUCUGCAAUAAAUGUUUGCUAACUUUAGGAAAUACACUGUGAUCGAAAGAUUAUUUGAAAGUACAUUUAGGGUGCCUUGUUAGGAACUUCACAAGAAACGUCUGUAGCAAAAGGCAUUGGCAUUUUAGGUGAAACAAAGCACACACUUACAAGAGCACUUUACAAAAGUUACACACUCUUUAAAGGAUGUUGAUCGCAUAGGCAGAUUGCUUGGUAACCUUCUCAAACCCACCAUAGCGCGCACAUGAAGAAAGCGCUCACACAGGCCCUUGAUUGAUACAAGCUGGGGCCGGUUCGAUGCAGACUAUUGGCCACACACCACCGGUCCACAUAGGGAAAGGGUACCGCCACUGUGUGGGCGGGACUUGAGAAUAGCAUACCAGAAUAGGUGCUUCCUAGUUCGAGGCUUCUUCUUUCGCUCGUGUUUAAACCCGAGUUAGCUAGGUGGUGCGAGACCCUUACUCCCUAUGAAGCAGGUGUACCUCCCUACCUGACUACCCCGUUCUCCCCCACUGGAGGGAUGAGUCCUCCAAGUCAGGGGUAGGGGAACUCACCCAAGUAUUCACAGCCUUAGUUAUGCAGAGGCGGCCCCGCUGCAUCCGGACCACACACAGCCAGAGUAACCGCUUUGAUUAUACGUGACACCGGAGCCUCUGCUUUAGGACUGCUCCACCUCUGGUGCUUUGUUGCUAUUGGAAAGGACCUGGGAUCAUUGAACAACUAUUAGAUGAUGGAUGGACUGAAGUCCAGCACUGAGCUUUUGUGGCAUCUUCCAGACAAUUACUGCACUAAAGAUUGAAAAGGGUGUCCCGUACUGAUCUCUUCUUGGGAUAAACAAACUCCAAUGUUUCACAAAUGAUCAAAUUAAUGUAUCUGGUGAAAUAUAAAACCGCACAGGUGACAUUUAUAGCAAGACAUCAUUUACUGACACAAAACACCCAAAAAAUGUUCAAAGACGGAUGUAAAAUAUCAUUUGAGGGCUUAAAACCAGCCUUGUGUGGAAAGUACGUGAUAUUGUACGCUUGUCUUCUCCUGGACAGUUUCAAUAUAGAAGUAAGCCAUCUCCUCAGGGACAAAAAAACCCUGGUCCAGACAUGAUAUGCGGUGGAGUACUUACAAAGGUUAAAGGCAUGAAAGAUUAAAAGGCGACUAUAGGGGUGUUAUUUCAUGUCUAGAGGGCUCUCAUCGUGUUAAAAAGCAUAUUUGAAAAGUGGUAAACAGGCUUUCUGUGUCUUAUUUUCUCUUAUUAUGUCUACUAUAUCGGGUAAUAAGAGUGUAAAGGUGACUAUAGGGGUGUUAUUUUUUUCUCCCUUCAUAAUAAAGUGUUGAGUUGUGUUGUCCUUGACUAAUAUUUCAGUUUGUUUGAUGAUGUGAAACAUUGAAGUGUGGCAAAUUUGCAAAAAAGACGGCAUCAGGGUUGGGGGAAACACCGCCACGUAAUCAAGGAUAUUAUUGGCCACAUGCUGACAGAGAGAGCACUCAUACGGUAGGCGGGGUUUACACACUGAGCCGAGAAGCCACGCCCACGGCGUCCUCACCUGAGCCUUCUUCCGUGUAUUUGAUCUGCAAAUUCAGCCAUUUUGACCCAAGAGAGCGUUAAAAACGAUUGUUAUCUUCCAGAAAAGUGCAUUUUAAAUAUCAGAAACAAUAUUUGCCAGAAUCACAAGAGUAAAAUAAAGUUGGCAAAACGCAGAGAAGCAGCCUUUUUGGGGGGGGAUUGCUAACCAGCUAUGGAAAAUGUGAAAUGGAGCCAGCGAGGCUUGCCAGCUAGCUGCUAACUAGCUAGCUAGCAGCCCGGAAGUAGUGCGUGAACUCCGGCUAUAAAUUGGUCACGGAGCUCCAACAGUACAGUGACGUGAUGAAGGAAUGUAUUCGGGCACUCUGAUCGGGUGCACAAAGGCAAGCCGA